CUUAUUUCUAAUGAUAAAGCAUAACACUAAGGAAAUUUUUUUCUGACUGGUAUUUUUGAAAUUAUUUCAUUUUUUUGGUUAUUUGGUUGCCUUAAGUGAAAAGCAUCUAUCUGACAAUCUAGUUAACUAGUAUUAAAAUCAAAUACUAAAACGUAGUAGUUCACUGGCUCACUUUUUCUACCCUCAGGUUUGUUCUUCAGAAAUAACUUGUAACCUUUUCAAACAUUGUUUAGUCAAGGAAUUAUAUUACAAUACUAAUCUUUUUUUCUGUUGACUUUUUUUUUCUAUUGAGACAUGCUAUGUAAUUCAAAGUUGCUCUUGAACUCUGUGCUCCUGCCUCUGUGUCCUAAGUCCUAAGCUGGCAUUACAGAUCAUUGUUGCAGAUUCAGACUCCAGAGAUGUUUCCCUUGAAGGAUGCUGAAAUGGGCGCCUUUACCUUCUUUGCCUCGGCUCUGCCACAUGAUGUCUGUGGAAGCAAUGGACUUCCCCUCACGCCAAACUCCAUUAAAAUUUUAGGACGAUUUCAAAUUCUUAAGACCAUCACCCAUCCCAGACUAUGCCAGUAUGUGGAUAUUUCCAGGGGAAAGCAUGAAAGACUGGUGGUGGUGGCUGAGCACUGUGAGCGGAAUCUGGAAGACUUACUUCGAGAAAGGAAACCAGUGAGCUGUUCAAAGGUUUUAUGUAUAGCAUUUGAGGUACUACAGGGACUGCAGUAUAUGAACAAACAUGGUUUAGUGCACCGAGCACUGUCUCCUCAUAAUAUCCUGUUGGACCGAAAGGGACAUAUUAAGUUGGCUAAAUUUGGACUUUAUCAUAUGACAGCUCAUGGUGAUGAUGUUGAUUUUCCAAUAGGGUAUCCAUCAUACUUGGCACCUGAAGUAAUUGCACAAGGGAUUUCCAAAGGUAAUGAUCACAUGCCAAGUGAAAAACCAUUGCCUUCUGGGCCAAAAUCAGACGUGUGGUCCCUUGGGAUCAUUUUAUUUGAGCUUUGUAUGGGAAGAAAAUUAUUUCAGAGCUUGGAUAUUUCGGAAAGACUAAAAUUUGUGCUUACUUUAGACUGCGUAGAUGAUGUCAUUGUAGUUCUGGCUGAAGAGCAUGGCUGUCUGGACAUUAUAAAGGAGCUUCCUGAAAAUGUGGUACAUCUUUUGAAGAAGUGUCUCACCUUUCAUCCUUCUAAGAGGCCAACCCCAGAUGAAUUGAUGAAGGACAAAGUAUUCAGUGAAGUAUCAGCUUCAUACACUCCCUUUAUCAAACCUGCAAGUCUGUUCUCCUCUUCUCUGAGAUGUGCUGAUUUAACUCUGCCUGAGGAUAUCAGUCAGUUGUGUAAAGAUAUAGACAGUGAUUACCUGGCAGAAAGAUCUAUUGAAGAAGUUUACUACCUUUGGUGUUUAGCUGGAGGUGACUUGGAGAAAGAGCUUGUUAACAAAGAAAUCAUUCGAUCGAAACCACCCAUCUGCACACUCCCCAAUUUCCUUUUUGAAGAUGGUGAAAGCUUUGGACAAGGUCGAGACAGAAGCUCCCUUUUAGAUGACACUACUGUGACAUUGUCCUUAUGCCAGCUAAGAAAUCGAUUAAAAGAUGUUGGUGGAGAAGCAUUUUAUCCAUUACUUGAAGAUGACCAGUCUAAUUUACCUCAUUCAAACAGCAAUAAUGAGCUUUCAGCAGCUGCCACUCUUCCUUUAAUCAUCAGAGAGAGGGAUACUGAAUACCAGCUAAACAGAAUUGUCCUGUUUGACAGGCUGCUAAAGGCUUACCCAUAUAAAAAGAAUCAAAUUUGGAAAGAAGCAAGAGUUGAUAUUCCUCCUCUUAUGAGAGGCUUAACUUGGGCUGCUCUUCUGGGAGUUGAGGGUGCUAUUCAUGCCAAGUAUGAUGCAAUUGAUAAAGACACUCCAAUUCCUACAGAUAGACAGAUUGAAGUGGAUAUUCCUCGUUGUCAUCAGUAUGAUGAACUCUUAUCAUCACCUGAAGGUCAUGCAAAAUUCAGGCGUGUACUGAAAGCUUGGGUAGUGUCUCAUCCUGAUCUUGUGUAUUGGCAAGGUCUGGACUCUCUGUGUGCUCCAUUCCUGUAUCUCAACUUCAACAAUGAAGCCUUGGCUUAUGCUUGUAUGUCUGCCUUCAUCCCCAAAUACCUGUAUAACUUCUUCUUGAAAGAUAACUCCCAUGUAAUACAAGAGUAUCUGACUGUGUUCUCACAGAUGAUCGCCUUCCACGAUCCAGAGCUGAGUAAUCAUCUCAAUGAGAUUGGCUUCAUUCCUGAUCUCUAUGCCAUUCCUUGGUUUCUCACCAUGUUUACUCAUGUAUUUCCGCUACAUAAAAUUUUUCACCUUUGGGAUACCUUACUACUUGGAAAUUCCUCUUUUCCAUUCUGCAUAGGAGUAGCUAUUCUCCAGCAGCUGCGAGACCGGCUUUUGGCUAAUGGCUUUAAUGAGUGCAUUCUUCUCUUCUCUGACUUACCAGAAAUUGACAUUGAACGCUGUGUUCGAGAAUCAGUCAACCUGUUUUGUUGGACUCCUAAAAGUGCUACUUAUCGACAACAUGCUCAGCCUCCAAAAGCAAAUUCCGACAGUGGGGUCAGAAGUUCAGCACCUUAUUUCUCUGCUGAAUGUGCAGAUCCUCCAAAGACAGAUCUGUCACGGGAAUCCAUUCCAUUAAAUGACCUGAAGUCAGAAGUAUCACCCCGGAUUUCAGCAGAAGACUUGAUUGAUUUGUGUGAGCUCACAGUGACAGGCCACUUCAAAACACCCACCAAGAAAACCAAGUCCAGUAAACCCAAACUCCUGGUGGUUGACAUUCGAAACAGUGAGGAUUUUGUUCGAGGUCACAUUUCAGGAAGCAUCAACAUUCCGUUUAGUGCUGCUUUCACGGCCGAAGGAGAGCUUAACCAGGGACCUUACACCACCGUGCUUCAGAACUUCAAGGGGAAGGUUAUUGUCAUCGUGGGACAUGUGGCAAAGCACACAGCUGAGUUUGCUGCUCAUCUUGUGAAGAUGAAGUAUCCAAGAAUCUGCAUUCUAGAUGGAGGCAUUAAUAAGAUCAAGCCAACAGGCCUCCUCACGGUCCCCUCUCCUCAGAUAUGAAGAACCAACAGAACAGUAGACAGAAAAGACAAUGACAGCACAGCUCUGCGCAGCCACGGCACUGAGCAAAACUAAGCAGCCACAUUAGAGAGUUUCUACAAAGCUUUGCCCUUGGACAUUUUCAUAAACCUCAUGACCCAAAUACACAGCUAUCUGGGCAAGAAACUGGACUGUAUAUCUAUUGCUAAAAGAAUUUUCUUAGUGGUGAAAUCUGAUAGUGUAUUUUUUAACCACACUGCCACAUAAAGCCAGAGGAAUGCAACUGACAAGACAGAUUUAGUAUUAUCAAGAAAUAGCAGUUGCCUUGAAAAGCUUUCCUCCAUUGCACUGGACAGGUAGCCCGAACAGGGUGUUGAGAAAUAUAGACUGUGACAUGGAAUCAUUGUCCCUCCAUGAUAACAAACAUGGGGAAAAUACAUGCAGUGCAUUCCUUGUA